AUGGCGAAAGAAAUGAGGCUCCAUCAGGCUGCCGUCGACCUGGAUAAAGUCUUGACAGAGAACGGGAUCGGAUAUGGGUGUUUCGGGGGCUGGGCCAUCAAUGCGAUUGGUUACGAUCGUGGCACAAAGGACAUUGACUGCCUCGUGGGCGCCGAAAAGGACGACAUCGCCCGCAUUUUCUCGGAUAAGGCCGGUUGGCAUCGAAUUCCUGGUCAGAGAGAAGACUACAUCGCUUUUCUCGUAGGAGACAAGACGGAAAAUGUCCUGGUGGAGAUGUUUCCCGCAACCACCAAAGCUUCGGUGGGCACCGAGGCCAUCAAGUCCAUGAUGCAGACCAUUGCAAUUCGAGAAGUCCCGGUUCGAGGUUACUCAAUGCGCGUGUUGGAAAUCGUGUACAUUUUCAAGGGAAAGGUCAACGCCGCAGCAAACCGGUCCAAAGUCUCCGACUGCAGCGACAUCGAGUACUUGCACGCUCAUUUCGAGUCGAAUCUCCGAGAGCACGUGCAUGAGCUCAGUGUUCAGGACGUUGGCAAGGCGAUCAAGAGGUACCCUUCGUUGUCCAAGGUGUUUAGCAAUCUUGGUAUCGAUGUCAAAGAGGCAGUCGAACAAGCAGGAAGCCUCGAGAUCACCUCCAUGCAUCCUCCUCCUUUCCUUUGUCAAAAGGCCUUGUUGGAAUAG